CAGACCUUGACGUACGGCGUCGCCGUCUGUCUUUCAACAUCAGCCAUGUCAACGUCUCGAGAUGAGGAACCGGCGCGUUUUUCAUGCACUCAGUGCCGCUCCAUGAAACUAAAAUGCGACCGCAUCAAGCCUCGUUGCAGUCGCUGCGUCAGAGUCCGCGCCGACUGCGAGUAUCCCAAGUCAAGAAGGGCCAAUGUUGGCAAGAGGCAACAAGUUCGUGAUCUGGAAGUCAAACUAGAACAGCUUGAGCGUAUUGCCAAGUCUAGUACAGACAAACCCCCACGCAAUGGUGAGCCAGCGGAUCAGGACACGGCGAUCCAGAACAUGGGCCCCGUCUAUGGAAGCCCACAAGUCCUGCCUGUUCUGGAGGGGCCUGCUUCAGAUCCAAACAUUCCUCCAGUUGAGGCUCCAUCGGCUGAUUUGUCUUCGACUGGGACAUAUGAGCAACGGCCCCCUCUGGAGAUGAUUGAAUCUCUCACCAACCAAUACUUCGACAAAUGGCACUAUACGGCGCCCAUGAUCCAUCGGACCCGUUAUAUCAUGUCUUUGUCCCUACCAUCCCACAUGCGACCUCCAAUGUGCCUCCAGUACAUCGUGAUGGCGUGGGGAGCCGAAAUCGGCAAUACCCAUCGAAGUUUAGCGAUACCAUUCUAUAAUCGGGCCCGAGCAUAUGCGCAAGCCGACGAGGUAAAUGCCAGCCUGAGAGUAGCGCACGCACAAACAUGGUGUCUGAUGUGCUACUUCGAAGCCCAGUACUUGCUUUUCUCUCGAUCUUCGAUGAGUCUCUGCAGGGCCAUCAGAAUCGCACAGUUGCUCGGUCUUCAUCAGGUUGAUGGAGGCGGUCUGGGUCAUCCAUCCGGCCUACCGCCGCCUCAGUCCUGGCCAGAAGCAGAGGAGAGGCGUAGAACCUGGUGGGCGCUUUACUGCUCUGAUCGACUGGUAGGUGGUACCGCGGGCUGGCCAGUCCUCAUCAACGAGCGAGACAUGUCUGUACGGCUUCCAGCGUCUGAAGAAGCCUUUCAAAGUGACGUUGAGGAGAAGACAAGCCUAUUUACAAGCGUGCUGCAGCAAGACGGCAAGGUCUUCUCCCCAUUCGCCGGACGUGUCAGAGCCGCGUCUCUCUUCCACCAAUCCUACCAGCACUCGACCAAGGCACCACUGCACAACAACAGCUCUUCAGAUCCAGAAAUAAACACACACUGGAGACAGUAUCGAGAAAUCGACAACAAUCUGGUUCUCUUCUUACAAGGGCUGCCUGACGGCCUAAGACUACCCAGGCAGGCCAGAUGUCGGAACGCGGUCUUCGUCAACAUCAUCAUCCACAUGUCGUUCAUCUGUCUGCAUAGGGCAGCCAUUUCCAGAAUGAAGUUGACUGGUCUUCCCAAAAGCAUGAUUCGCAGGAGCACAGCCCGACUUGUCUGCGCCGCAGAAGAGAUACUAAACAUCUUCCGGAUGAUGUCAGACAUGAAUGAGCAUCUCAAGAACUCGAUCCUGAUAUUUUCCGUCUACCUGACGUCUCGGGUCUUUCUCGAAGACUUGGAAACCACAGAGGACGUCCCGCGACAAGACAACCUCGACUUUGUUCUUCGUAUCAUGAUGCUAUCUGCAAAGACGUUGGACAACCCCGUCUCCGAUUCGAUGGCCGUCCAGCUCGCGACGGAAAUGCGGCAGCGAGGGCUUGACUCGUCUGCAGUUGAGAAGGCACUUGAGCUGUCACAGAGCCGUCAUUUGACACCGGCAUUUACCAAAGGAAGUGCUCCGUCGUCUGGUCCCGUGUUUCGAUUACCCAGCAAUAGCGAGACGUAAAGUAAAACCAAUGCUUCAGUCAACAAUGACCUCGCCAAUGUAUCGAAGUUCGUCUUUAGAGCCGAAUUUGAUUGCGGAGACAUUUCCAUGUGUCCACUGCCGUGGCAGUGUAACGGUAGACUAGCGAGGAGGAACUGCUUCGCUGUUCUGGAUACAAGCCUUGUUCUACUCGUUUUAGAUAUGCGUCACAUCAUGUUUGAAAUAGUCAUCUCCAGAGCGAAGAUGUCCAACUGCAAGUGUAUAAUCAGAAUUGUUGCCUCGGCG